AUGUCGGUGACCAUAACCAAGGCGGCCGGGGUCACGAUGCUGACGCUGACCUCCGAUCCUAAAAGUAGCUGCCCCCCACUGUGCCAGAUUCUGGGGAGCAUGUGCUACAGCCCCGUUUGCUGCUCGGUGUCCCUUCACUUGAAGGGCAUCGUGGGGACCGCUCAGUCAGUUUUGGGGGCGCUGCACAUCAUGGUGGGUCUGCUCAACAUCGGUCUGGGGGCCAUCCUCAUGAGCAGUGGAGGCUCUUCCGGCUGGCGAAUGGACGAAACGGGCUUUCCUCACUGGUUAGGAGCGCUGUUCAUUCUCUUCGGUAUCAUCUGCAUUUUGUCCGAGAAGUUCCCGAGCCCGUGUCUGGUGUUGGUCAACGUCAUUCUGAACUUCUCAGGAAUCGCCUUCGCCAUCACCGGCAUCGUCCUUUACUCCGAGAACUUGGCCGGCGUCUACCUGUGGAGUGUGUGUAGGGAUGACGAUGACUAUUAUUACAGCAGAAACCGUCCCACCCUAAGUCCUGCCGGGUUGGAGUACCAGUCCCGCUGCUUUGUGGGAAAAGACCUGAUUAUGAAUCUGGUGCGAGGCAUCCACGGCGUGGCCAUCGUGCUGUGUGUCCUGGAACUCUGCCUGGUCGUCAGCUCCUUCGUACUGGCCAUCAAAUCUCUGCGCCGAAACGGACACGACGACGACGGACAGCAGCAGGGUCAUGACCAGCCGGACAGUGUAUACAAGCCGCUCCUGAACGAAGGCGUGGAGGCCUAA